AUGUCUUCGAACGGCUCGCUCUCCUCCGGUAUCGAUAUCUCCCUACCCACGAACCGACCGAGCGAGAACGGGACAUGGACUCCAGAGCUUGAUCAGGAGCUGCGCGCUAGAGAAGCAUCGAACAUCCAGACCAAACCCCAGAAUGCUAUUGCGCCCGAGUUCUUCCGUCACGGCAAGCGCUCGCUUUCGGGCAUCGCUGUGCGUGCUUUCUGCCUAGGAUGCGCUCUGGCUUUUGGUCUGUUCGGCACUGUUCUGCUCGCAUACAACGGCAGCCAUCUAUGGCGACCGUUUUUGUUCCUCAGCACGCUCUCUCUUUUCCACUUCCUCGAGUUCUACACGACAGCCGCCUACAACACCCCGAUCGCAUACAUCGAUUCCUUUCUACUCACAAAUGGCGACCAAUACCGACAAGCCCACGCGGUGGCCUUCGUUGAGACGCUUGUAACGUCGUAUCUUUUUCCUGGUUAUCAAUCAACGAUCCACCCACCGUGGUUGAUCGCAUUGGGCAUAGCGAUGAUUGCGGUGGGACAAGCUGUUCGUAGUACGGCUAUGAUGCAAGCAGGCACCAACUUCAACCACCAAGUUCAGUCGCGUAAGAAUGACGGACAUGAGUUGGUAACUCAUGGUGUCUAUCGCUACUUCCGUCACCCUUCAUAUUUUGGCUUCUUCUGGUGGGGCAUUGGGACACAGAUCAUGCUUGGCAAUACUGUCUGCUUCUUUGGAUUUACCGGUGUGUUAUGGUACUUCUUCAUGAAGCGGAUUACUCAUGAAGAAAGGUUUCUAAUCAAAUUCUUCGGCAAUGAGUACGAGGCGUACAGGGCACGAACUCGCGUUUGGAUACCUUUUAUCUAA